AUGGCCAAUCGAGUUGUCGUUGAAGGCACCCUUCCCAAGGCAGGGUUGGGCCAGGUUGUUCCUCCACGUCGGGAAAUCUCCGCAUUAGUGAAGGAUAUUUACCAGUUCUCGCUUUAUGUUCAAGCACUUCAGGAAAUAUACGAUAAACCAGCAAAUGAUGUUGUGUCCUACUGGCAAAUUUCUGGAAUUCAUGGAGAACCAUAUGUCGAGUGGAACGGUACACUCAAUGUUCCGAGGUCACCGACCGACAGGGGAUUUUGUGUUCACGGUACACCUCUGUUCCCGACAUGGCAUCGACCAUAUAUUGUUCUCUUCGAACAAGAGGUACAGAGGAUUGCACGCAGGAUUGCUGCGACAUACACACACGACACCGAUCGCUGGAAUAUCGAAGCUGCAUUCUUGCGUCAGCCAUACUGGGGAUGGGACCAGAUCGCUACAGUAGUCCCGCCUCCGGAGGUGAUCUCCGCUCCUAUGGUCAGCAUCGUCAAACCCGACAGUCCAGCGGAAGUAUUGGUCCCCAACCCGUUCUUGACAUAUACAUAUCCAGCUGGAGCGAAUGCGGUGUUUGGGGCCCCGUUCAAUGCGUGGCCGCGUACUGCACGCUAUCCGGAUGGUUUAGGUAUCAGCCAGCCUGCCAAACUUCAAGCCGCACUUCAGGCUCUGGGUCCACAGAUUGUGAACAAUACGCAAAGGCUCAUGUCGAUCACCACCUGGGAUGCAUUUGCAUUGGGGGACGGAACAACAAGUGGAUUGGAGAGUAUUCACGACACAAUCCAUAACCACACGGGCGGGCCAAAUGGAAAUAUGACGUUCAUCCCUGUAGCCUCUUUUGAUCCGAUUUUCUAUCUGCACCAUGCACAAGUUGAUCGUGUUAUUGCACUCUGGUACAGCAGACAUCGCGUCUGGACCCCAAAUGCAGCUGAUUUAUUGCCGUUCCGGAGAACUCAAACCGAAUACUGGAAAUCUCCUGAGAUCAUCCAAACCAACACCGUGUUCAACUACGUCUAUCUUGGGAUUCCUAACGCUGUCCAGUCCGAAUCCAGUGAAGCCGGUGUAGCAGACUACCAAAGUGAAGCCUCCAGCACUACAGAGCUUGAAUGGAGCGUCCGUGUUGAAUGCGAGAAGUACGAAGUUGGAGGGAGCUUCUCUUUAUAUGUUUUUAUGUCCAAGGAAGUGCCCUCCAACCACACGGAGUGGCUAUUCCAUCCCAGCUUUGCCGGUACUUUCGACGUUUUCGCCAACCCCAACCCCGAAAAGUGUGCCAACUGUACCGCUCAUGCUGAUCAAACAAUUAAGGGGUUCAUCCAUAUAAAUAAGAAGUAUUUGGAAAGGUCGAAGAAGAAAACUCUUGAUCCGGAGGUUGUCAUUCCAUAUUUGAAGGAGCACAUCAGCUGGGGAGUGAUAAAGGCCAACGGCGAAGUCGCGGACAUAAAAAAGUUCACAACGCUUAACGUGACUGUCAUAUGCACGCCUCUCACCUUCUCAGACGGUGCGAAGUACCCUACGGAGGGUCGCCCAAAGGUCUAUCCUGAAAUUACUCGUGGACGUGUUGGUGGACAUCGUGAUGACCAGGAGAAUUAA